GUUGAAACUUUAAUAUACGGCUGUGUGUUCUUAUCUACUAAUUCUUGUUAAUAAUUAUCACUCACUGUGGGCUCAGCUUCUUAUUUCCUCUCUCUUUGCUGCAAUGGGAGGUUUAUUCUCGAUCUCCAUGCCAUGUGACCAAGUGGUGAAUCAAGUCUCUCAAUGUCUUUGCACUCAUGGGAGUUAUAUAUACAGCCUUUCAGAGAAUCUAGCUGCUUUGCAGAAAGACAUAGAAGUGCUCAAGGCGAAGCGAGAUGAUGUGCAAAGAAAGGUUUGCAGAGAAGAGUUUACAGGGCGUCGUGAAAGGCUUUCUCAAGUCCAGUUAUGGCUUACUAAUGUCCUGAACACCGAGAACAGAUUCAAUGAUCUGUUUAGCACUAAUAACGUUGAGAUUCAAAGGUUGUGUCUUUGUGGGCUCUGCUCUAGCAAUGUGAAGAUGAGCUAUAUUUAUGGGAAGAGGGUUGUUCGGAUGCUGAAGGAGGUUGAGAGUCUCAAUUCUCAAGGAGAAUUUUCUGUGGUGACUGAGACAUCUUCAGUAGCUAAAGUGGAUGAGAUGCCUGUUCAACCCACCAUUGUUGGUCAAGAAACAGUGCUUGAAAGGGUAUGGACUCGUCUCAUGGAAGAAGGAGUCGAGGUUGUGGGUAUGUAUGGCAUGGGUGGAGUGGGCAAAACCACCCUUCUCACACAAAUCAACAACAAGUUUACUGAAACAAAUGGAGGAUUCGAGGUUGUGAUAUGGGUUGUGGUGUCUAAAAGUCCAGAGAACCAUAGGAUUCAAGGAGACAUUGCCAAAAAGCUAGGCCUAGAGGGAGAGGGGUGGGACCAAAAAAAUGAAAACCAGAGAGCCCUUGAGAUACACACUGUCCUCAAGAGGAGAAAGUUUGUGUUGUUGCUGGAUGAUAUAUGGGAGAAAGUGAAUUUGAAAGCGGUUGGAGUCCCACAUCCAAGCAGACAAAAUGGAUGCAAAUUAGCUUUUACUACUCGUUCUAGAGAUGUGUGUGGGCGUAUGGGGGCUGAUGACCCUAUCGAAGUCAGUUGUCUAGAACCAGAAGAUGCUUGGGAUUUGUUUAAAACAAAAGUUGGAGAAAACACACUGAAAGGCCAUCCAGACAUCCCUCAGCUCGCUAGAAAGCUCGCUGGAAAAUGCUGUGGUCUACCAUUAGCACUUAAUGUCAUUGGCGAGACCAUGGCAUGCAAAAGGACGGUGCAUGAAUGGCGUUCUGCUAUUAACGACUUGAGUUCAUAUGCUGCAGAGUUUUCUGGCAUGGAAGAUGAGAUUCUUCCGAUCUUGAAGUACAGCUAUGAUAAUUUAAACUCAGAGCAGGUGAAAUCAUGCUUCCUGUAUUGCUCUUUGUUCCCUGAAGAUCACCGUAUGGAAAAAGAGAGGCUUAUAGACUACUGGAUGUGUGAGGGGUUCCUAGAUGAGAACCAAAGUCGAGAAAGAGAAUUAAGGCAAGGCUAUGAGAUCAUUGGUGUGCUUGUACGUGCAUGUUUGUUGUUGGAGGAAGUUAUCAAUAAAGAACAAGUGAAAAUGCAUGAUGUGGUUCGGGAGAUGGCUCUAUGGAUAGCAUCUGAUCUUGGGAAGGAUAAAGAAAAAUGUAUUGUGAAAGCCAGAGGCGGGUUAUGUGAGAUACCAAGAAUCAAGAACUGGAGUGCUGUGGUAAGGAUGUCUCUCAUGGAAAAUGAGAUUGAGAUGGUCUCUGGCAUCCCUGAGUGCUCCAAACUUACAACUCUCUUCCUUCAGAAAAACGAUUCACUGAUACAUAUCUCACCUGAUUUCAUCCGGUGUAUCCCUACGCUCGUUGUCUUGGAUCUGUCCGGGAACUCAAGUCUCCGGAAACUGCCUGAACAAAUAUCAGAGUUGGUGUCCUUGCGAUAUCUUGACUUGUCAUGGACAUGCAUUAGGCGGCUACCUCUUGGUUUGCUAGUGUUGAAAAAGCUCAUACAUUUGAGGUUGGAUUACAUGAAGAGGCUUAAGAAUGUUUCAGGGAUAUCAAAGUUGUUGAGUUUGAGGAAACUGCAACUACUACAGUCUAAAAUGUCCCUAGACAUGAGCUUAGUGGAGGAGUUGCAGCUCUUGGAACAUUUACAAGUUCUCAACGUAAGUAUCAAGUCAAGUUUGGUUGUGGAGAAGUUGUUAUAUGCUCCCAGGUUGGUGAAAUGCCUUCAAGUUGUAGUACUUAGAGAGCUUGAGGAAGAAUCACACAGAGUAUUGGCUUUCCCAGGUAUGGAUAGUCUCCGUAAACUCAUCAUAAGGAAGUGUGAAAUGUGGGAGAUAAAGGCAGAGAGGAAGACUUUAUCAUCAACUCAAGGCUUCCCAAACCUCUCUAGUGUGCAUAUAAGCAGCUGCAAUGGUCUGAAGGAUUUAACGUGGCUUCUGUUCGCUCCAAACCUCACUAGUCUUGAGGUUCUGGACUCAGGAGUAUUAGAAGCAAUAAUAAGCCAGGAGAAAGCUACGAGUGUUGUCAUUCCUUUCCAGAAACUAGAGAGUCUACGCUUACACAAUUUAGCAACGUUGAAGAACAUCUAUUGGGCACCUCUGCCUUUUCCAUGUCUAAAGACAAUCCACGUAACAGAGUGUCCAGAGCUUAGAAAGCUCCCAUUGGAUUCUCAAAGUGUCUCCAGGGUUGAAGAGUUUGCUAUUAAAUACAAAGAGGAAGAAUGGUUUGAAAGGGUCGAAUGGGAUGAUGAAGGCACUAAACUCCGUUUCUUACCUUUCUUCAAGUUCUUUGGACCUGAAUGGCAAGUUACCUAUGUGCGGUAACAACUUUAAGAGUUGUCUGAGUUGAAGCAAUACAAUGAUUUCAAUGACAAGGGAGAAGAUAGUCAUUACUAUUUAACAGUCUUGGUAAAUUUGACCAAACUAGAUGCAAUAAUUGGUGUAGAGUCCUUUCCAGCUUGCUAAAAUCGAUUUUGAAGGAACAGAGUUUGUGAUCCCAUAUACUUCAAUUUCAUAGAGGCUCAACACAAACAAUACAGUUAAAUUGGAUUUUGUAAACUGAAUAAUAAAUGAUUUAAUUUAUAAAACGCUCUUUUAGACUUAUUGUAUACUCCUUGAUCAAAAUAUCUGAAUAUAAAUGAAAUAUUUUUAUUUUAC